AUGCCCGUCUCGUUCGCAGCGCCCGGCACUGAUGGCACCCUGGUCGAUGUUGAUCUCGAGAUUGUCUCUGCGAAGGGGAUCACUGCAGGAGACUACCUCGGUCUGGGGGCCGCUCUCAAAGGUAGUCUCUCCUCGAGCGAUGCCUACGUCACGAUCGAAAUCGACGGCAACCUGCUCAACCCCAUCCACACGAUUUAUGACACGGAGACCACAUUCGAGUUGCCAAUCAUAAUGCAAGAAAGCAAGGCCGGCACCAUCAAUAUCACGGUCAAUCAAUGCCACAAGGUUGAGGCUGAUGAAUUCGCAGAAGUACAGGAAGUCGGGCCUGUCCGCUACUCCGUGCAUUCAAGCUUCACGGCUGGACUGUUGACGAUGUUGACGUCCAAUGAUGCCAGACUCGAGUCGUUGGCCUACCGUGUUCAGCUCCACAACAUUCCGCAGUUUUUGCCUACUGAUAACGAAUGGAACAAAAAUUAUCCGACUAUCCAGCGGAUUUUUUCGCCGGACUACCCAGAGUCGCCGGUGCUUCGUCAAGCGGUGAUGACGCAACACGCCGUGAUCUACCAACACGGCCAGGAGCGCACAAAGUACGGCUCCGUCGCGUCUCCUGCGGACUUUUUCGAACUGGUCCACAAUGGACGACGCAAUGAUAAACCCGUGCUCUUCACAUACGCUAUCACGUCGAAGGGCUGGUACUUUUCCGAGACUGGUGCUGCAUUCUUUAAGGACAUGUUGUCCAAGCACAUGUUACACUCGGGUGCCGCGUUCUCUGUCAAAUAUGCCGGCGAGUUUCACAUCCAACAGGCAGACGAUGACACUUUCAAGCUGGUGAUUGACAACAAUAGUGGCACGUACGCUCCACCUCAAGAGCAGUUGCCGCAGCUCCAGGAGCUCAUGGAGAAUAACUUCCCGGGCAUUAUUUGUGAGGCUCUGGACCGCGAUGAUGAGACGUUGAUGGAAGCGCGUAAAGAGAUUUUUGCGGCAUGGGAAUAA